CAUGGCCUGUACUCAGCCUUUAUGGGCUGUUUUGUCUACUGUUUCCUGGGUACGUCCAAGGACAUCACACUCGGUCCUACAGCCCUGAUGUCACUGAUGAUGGCUCAGUACGCAGAAGGACAACCAGCUAUCGCCAUCGCACUGUGCCUGUUUACUGGACUUGUUCAAUUUGUAAUGGGUAUCUUGCGCCUUGGUUUCCUGCUGAAUUUCAUGGCUGUUCCAGUCAACUCAGGGUUUGUCACUGCUGCUGCCAUCAUCAUUGGAUUUGGACAGUUGAAGCUUAUCCUGGGAUUAAAGGGUGUAAGGAAACCCUUCAUGUGGAACAUUUAUGACACUUUCAGGAAGAUAGAAGAAACAAAUUACUGGGACCUGACACUUGGACUCAUCUCUUUUAUAACACUGUUGGUACUGAAGUUUAUAAAAGACAGAGAUUGGGACAAAGGCAGGGAUUCAGGCAUACCUCUCACUCGAGUACAGAGGGUGUGCCGUAAGACUAUAUGGCUGGUUGGAACAGCAAGAAAUGCCAUUAUUGUAUUGGUGACGACAAUCAUUGCUGGGGUUCUCUAUGUCUACAACAUCAAACCCUUCACAAUGACUAAAGAAGUGCCACCAGGGUUCCCACCAGUGAGGCCCCCUAGCUUCUCCUACCAGCAUGGCAACCACACUGUGGAGGGGGAAGAGUUUUUUACGCAUCUUGGAGCUGGUGUAGCAGUUAUACCUAUGAUAGGUUUGCUGGAAAAUAUUGCCAUUGCCAAAGCUUUUGCCAGCAAGAAUAGAUACACCAUUGAUGCCACACAGGAGCUGUUUGCAUUGGGCAUUGCCAACACGGUUAGCUCUUUCUUUGGCUCGUAUCCUGUUACUGGCAGUUUUUCCAGAACAGCAGUCAACUCCGCCAGUGGAGUCAUGACCCCAAUGGGCACAAUCUUCACAGGGACACUAGUGAUCCUGGCCACUCUGUUCGUGACUCCUUACUUCAUGUACAUCCCCAGUGCUGCCCUGGGAGCUGUCAUCAUCGCUUCUGUCAUCAACAUGGUGGAGUUUGAGCACAUCACAGAACAGUGGAGGGUUCACAAGCCAGAUGUUUUCGUUUGGGUUAUUACCUUCUUUUGUGUCUUAUUCUUGGGCAUUGAGUAUGGCAUCCUUGCUGGAGUGGGGGUGGCACUGGCUCUUUUGCUUUACAACACAGCAAAACCUGCCACCAGGGUUGAAUACACCACAUCAUACCCAGAGAUUGGUAUUGUGAGGCUGGACAGUGGUCUGUACUUCCCUGCAUCUGAUUCAAUCAAAGCAACUCUUCAUGAUGCUGGGCUCAAUGAGAAACCAUAUAAGCCAGUGAUUAUGGACCUGACUCAUCUAUCCCAUCUGGACUUCAGUGUUGUCAGGGAAGAUUUGGAGGAGAAGAUUAACCAAGCCCACAUCAAGAACCUGCGGUGCUUCCCUACAGUGCAGGAGGCUGUGGAUGCCAUACAGGAGUCAACAGUAGACGGGGAUGUGAGUCAGCCCAUGUUGAUGAGAGAACUGCCAUCAGACCAUGUCGUCAUGUCCAGUGACACAGAAGAAAACCACAGUACUGGUGCCAGCAUUGUCAACAAAGAGACAGCAAUCUAAGGAUUUUACCUCCAUCUUUGGAGGUGUUGUUUUGGGAAUGUGUGUGUUUGCCUGUGUUUCUGUAGAUAUUUCCACAACCUAAGCACAUCAUAGACACUGACAGGAAGUUAGGUCAAGGGUCCCAGAAUAGGUCCCUCUCAUUCCUGUCUUCAAUUUGCUGCUAUAUGCUUGUAUGUUUCCAGAGAGAAAUUUUCAAAAUCAGCAUGAAAUUCAUAAAAAAUCAUAUUUCACAGAGGUCUGAGAUCUUUAAUAUGUUAGCAAGUAUGUACUAGCAGAAGGCAAUUCUAUUUUAUCCACAAUAUAUGAAAUAUUCUACUAAUUCUAAUAUAUAUUUAGUGUUAUGAAUGGCAUUGGUGCAAUUUUACUACUGAGUAUAAUACGAGGAUGGGAAAAGGUUUAGGUUUGUGAAUAUAUGGACCAUGCUCUUAUCUUUCCAGUAUGAAAUGCAGCUUUGAUUAUAUCAAUUCAGACUAUAACUCGUAAACUUCCACCCACAGCUGUUUUUACGACUUUACAAAGGGCAACUUCCGUUCUGACGUUAUGAGAUAUUGACUUCAAUAGAUGAUGCAGUUUUCAUGUGAAUGCUUCCAUUAACCAGUGAAUUUGCCAGUAAAAGUCUGGCACCAUUCAUUUCCUUCCAGUAAUGACUAUCAGGACUUCCAGUAAGUUAGACAAACAUUAAAGUUCUGUGUGUAUCUACUUCCAGCGAUUGUGCGAACCAAUUUCAAAAUGCAAUGGACUGAUUCCAUAAGAUGAUAUGAUUUUAUAUACUGAACCAUAUUAAGAUUUAGAUCUCAAUUUAAGUCAUCCAUUUUGACAAAUAACAGAGACCUGGAAGUGAACCUUGGAAGACUUUAUGAUGAGAUUAAGAGGUUAUAAUCAUAGCCUGUGAUACACAUGCACAUAUAAAUGUUCAGGUUUAGCUUUAAUCGUGCUGGAUUAUUACUGUACGAAUACAGAUUUGCAGAUGUGCAGCUGCAUGUGGCAUGAUAAAAUGAUAAAUGUCAUGGAGGAACAGUAAGUGCUUUGAAAUUAUAUAGUGUACAGUAUAAUUAUAUUUUUAAGGUUGGCUGUAAUUAUAUUUUGAAAGAGAUUCUAUGUCAGGGUAAUGUAUUUUGAGGUGUACAUUUCACAGUUAAAUGGAUGACUAUUUGAGUGUGUCACUUUGAGAUGUCAGUGUAGUGAAUAUUUAUUCAAGAGGCAAUGCAGUAAUACUAGAGGAUUUUUUUUCUGGAAACAUAUUUUCACUGUAUUUGAUAAAUGUAUGUGUAUAAUGUGGGGACAGGGUAGCUUUUUAUUGUCAAUAUAUCUCACAUAAAAAGGAAGGUCACUGAAAACCUGUAGAAGAGACAGAAAUAUUUUGUAAGAAGACCAGUGAAAAUGCACUUUUCAUUUUCAGUCAAGCUCGCGUUUUGUCAUGUUGAUAAUGUGGAAACCAGAUAUUCUUUCCUUGUUACACUGUAUAUUGUACAUUGUAUGUACAACGCAAUCCGUAUUGCAUUAAGUCCAGUCACAUUCCAUAAGUUCAGAUUCUGGUCAUGCAAAGAAUUUUACUGCAGUGUUAUGUUUGAUACAAGAUCUGGACCGCUUGUAUAGAAAAGAAAUAUUCUAGUAUAUAUAUUAUGGACAUAUAUUAUGGGCUGCUAUUAAGUUUCUAAAUUAUGUCACCGACUUUGAAAUUGGUUCCACAUGUUACAUAGCGUCUUAAGAAAUGGUGUAUAUAUUAAAGAGUACCACUGUAUCCAGUUUAAAAGCAGGUCAAAAUGGUUUCACUGUUUAAAUGUUUACGUAACUGAAGUGUAAUUUUCUGGGGACAUGAAAUAAAGGCGUUAGGGCGAAAACGUGAGCUAACCCUUCUGUCA